AAGUCGGUGCCGUGUCGGACUUCGGAUGACAAGGGCCACUGGCCCUUCCCGAAGCCGGCCCGCCCUGUGUCCCGCCGGCAGAGCGUGAACGUCUCGGGUCCCCACUCUCGGUCUCGUGCCGGGCCCGCAGGGGCGCGUCCCAGCCCGAGGCGGCCGCUCACCCUCUCUCACCCCGUAUCUGUCCGCAGCUCCAUGCGGUGCGCAGUGGCCAUGCUGCUGCUCAUCACGAGCGCCAACGGCCAGGUGGCCGGCUUUGCGAUGGCCACGGUGGGCUGGAUCCUGACCACCACGUCCAUGGGCCUCGUGGAAUGGAGAGUGUGGUACAUAGAGAACAACGGCCUCCUGCCCCCGGGCCUGGUGUGCGUGGGCAUGUGGAAAGUCUGUGUGUACCACCACGUCAGCGACCACAACAAAGUCACCCUGUGUCAACGGUACAGCUACCGCGACACGUAUCUCCCGCUUGAUAUUCGUGUCUCCCAAAACCUCCUGCUGAUCGCCAGCAUCCUAGGCCUCCUGGGGCGAGCCUCCAUCAUCUUCGCUCUCAGGAACGCGUACCUGGGAAUCCUGCGGGAGAACGCCACCUUCAACCCAUUCAUCGCUUCGGGAAUCCUGAACCUGGCCUCCGGCGUGUGCAUCGCCAUCGCCGUGGUCUGGAAUUACCACUCGGUGAUGAGCGAGCAGGGCAUUUCCUUCCCCCCGUCGCUGUCGAUUCCCUUCAAGCCAAACACUCAGGAGAUCGGUAGUGCCUUCCUGGUGGCGUGUCUGGCCGCCUUCAUGAUGUUGCUGAGCGGGGUGAUUUUCCUGUCCCACAAGUUCUCCACGGCUACCCAAGUGCAUCCUCAGACUUCCAACAUGUGAAAUUUCUGAUAUCAUCGGCUUUGCGAAUCCAGGAUGGCCAAGGGUUUAUGAGAAAUAUUAGCAGUGUCCUAUCCAAUAUUUACAAAGAUUCCAGACCAUGGCAGAGGUAGCUUGGGGCAGAAGAUGGCCAACUCUUUCUUUUACCUUCUGUAUCUUUUGUUUCGUUGAUUCAUCAGCUCUUUGAUUGAAUCGAGAAAUUUCAUUUAAAAAAAAAUCUUCCUCGCCUGCCUAUUGGUCUUAUUAGAUCUGUAUUUUAAUUAUUGUUGAAUAAAUAAGCACUACAUAAACCUGGUGUGUAGAAAUGAGAUUUUCUGUGUUUCUCACGUUUCCCUCUUAAGCUUCUGCUAAAAACAACCCACUUUAUUACCUGUGGUAUGGUGAGCAACAUCGCUCUAUCAUAUAAAAUUCCCCAAAAUAUGCAGAAGUAGAAUAAAAGAAUAAAUCACCACUCACCCCUUAUCAGACUCAACAAUCAAUCAAGAUUCUGUUAUACUAGCUUUAUAGCUCUUUGCUUUUUUUUUUUUAAAGAUUUUAUUUAUUUAUUUGUCAGAGAGAGUGAGCACAGGCAGACAGAGUGGCAGGCAGAAGCAGAGGCAGAAGCAGGCUCCCUGCUGAGCAGAGGGCCCGAUGUGGGACUUGAUCCCUGGACGAUGGGAUCAUGACCUGAGCUGAAGGCAGAGGCUUAACCCACUGAGCCACCCAGGCGUCCCUAUAGCUCCUUGCUUUUAACCUUUUUUUUUUUUCAAAGUAUAUUAAAGGAAACCCCAGGCAUUUCCUUGCAUAACCAUAUUAUACCUUAAAAAAUUUAAGUUUUUCCUUGUCAUCAAAUACUUAACAG